AUGGCUGACAGCAAAGCCUAUCAGUUAGCUGAAGUAAAGAUUUCAAAGAGGUCCCGAAUCGGAAUAUUGGAAAGCAUCGAUCAGUUUGUGGAGGUAGCUAGUACGGCCGAAAUGGCGUUUUCGGGAACUGAGCGUCGUGCAGAUUUGGAUCGAUGGUAUACACAGCUGAUAACUUCAUUGAAAGACGGUAUUGAACAUACAGCAGUUUCCCCGUUCUCGAAAUCACCACCGGCGGUUGUCCGAUUCGAAAACUAUCAUCAUUUAUACUCGGUCUUGUCGGAGCUGAAAAUUGAUUGCUUGGAUGCGCAAAGGAAAGAAGCAAAGAAAGCUUAUCAGGAUAACAUGCAAAUUUACGUGAAAGAAUUGAUGGGUCGACCACUUGAGAAAAUACAUGUUAGUACUGUAUUUUGUUAG